GAUUGGUCCUCCGGAAAAAUGAGAAUGACAUUAACCAAGAUGGCGCUGGACGACAGGGAAAAGUGAUGAGAGAAUAGAACAAGAAGAGAUACAACUAUAUAAUAGUGUGCAUUUAUUUACCCUGUGCGACUGUUUUAAAUCAGACCACUAAAUUGUCAUCGGGAGGCUGUCAAGCUCGUGCCGAGAGACCACAUUGGUCUAUAGAGUUAUAAUUAUUCAGCUGUUUGUUAACUAGCUGCUAAAGUAGCUAGCCUAGCUAACGUUCGCUAACUGCGGAAGGCGAGUGAGGAGAAAGCUGGCAGACAGAUCGAAGUGCAAGUCGAUAAGUCAAGCGUAUUUUGUUUAAAAAUAUCAAGCAACUUCCCCGUCUGAAUCAUUAAAACACCCUCCCAGGGUCUGCAGCACGGACGAGGUAAGCGAAACCAGGAGUCGUUCGGCAAACUAACGUUACGCCUAGGACAGCAGAAAAGAGGAGGAAAGGCGUCAUCUUUACUGAUUUGACGCCAUGGCUCAUUCCCCUAUUCAGAGUGGACUGCCGGGUAUUCAGAAUUUCAGAGCAGAUCCAGAGGAGCUUUUUACGAAGCUGGAGAGGAUAGGGAAAGGCUCUUUUGGUGAAGUUUUUAAAGGCAUUGACAAUCGCACUCAGAAAGUUGUGGCCAUUAAAAUUAUUGAUCUGGAGGAAGCAGAGGAUGACAUUGAAGACAUUCAACAGGAAAUCACGGUUCUCAGCCAGUGUGACAGUCCCUUUAUCACCAAGUAUUUUGGAUCCUAUCUGAAGGGUACGAAAUUAUGGAUUAUUAUGGAAUAUCUGGGCGGAGGAUCAGCCCUAGAUUUGUUGGAACCAGGUGCCCUGGAUGAAACACAGAUUGCUACAGUUCUGAGAGAGAUCCUGAAAGGGCUCGAGUAUCUGCACUCUGAAAAGAAAAUCCACAGAGAUAUCAAAGCUGCCAACGUGUUGCUGUCAGAACAAGGCGACGUGAAGCUGGCAGACUUCGGAGUGGCGGGCCAGCUGACAGACACACAGAUAAAAAGGAACACAUUUGUUGGUACUCCUUUCUGGAUGGCACCCGAAGUCAUAAAGCAAUCUGCUUAUGAUUCAAAGGCAGACAUCUGGUCAUUAGGAAUAACAGCAAUAGAACUGGCGAGAGGAGAGCCUCCCCACUCUGAACUUCAUCCUAUGAAGGUCUUAUUCCUCAUCCCAAAGAACAAUCCACCAACUCUGGAAGGAAGCUACAGCAAACCACUGAAAGAAUUUGUUGAAGCCUGUUUAAAUAAGGAGCCUAGCUUUAGGCCAACUGCCAAAGAGCUGUUAAAACACAAGUAUAUUGUACGGCAUUCCAAAAAGACAUCGUAUUUGACGGAGCUGAUUGACAGAUACAAGAGGUGGAAAUCAGAGCAGUCUCGAGAUGAAUCCAGCUCUGAUGAUUCAGAUGGCGAGCCAGAUGGCCAGGCGUCUGGAGGAGACGAUGCUGCUAAUGAUGACUGGAUCUUCAACACCAUCAGGGAGAAAGACCUAAAAAAGGUUCAGAAUGGGGCAGCACAGCCUGCCGAGCUGGAAAGGACACAGGUGCAGGAGAGUCCAAAGAGGCCUUUGUCACAAAGCUUGUCUACAAUCUUUUCUCCAUUGUUUACCGAGCUGUCAUUGUUACAGUUGAAAGAAAAGGGCGAGACGAGCAAUGGCAAGCCAGAGGCUGCAGAGGAGCUGCGGGAGGCCAUUUUCCUGGCAGAAGGAACACACCCUGGGAUCUGUGACUCCUUGGUAGCUGAACUAGUGCAGAGACUUCAGAGGUUUUCUGUGCCACAUGCAGCAUCCACUCAGUGAGAGGUGUCGCAUCUAGCUCUGCUCUAAUUUUCCACCCUGGUGGCAGCAGUCAGAUCUUUUCCUCUGACCUCCACAGCCGGGAUGAAGUCUCCCAGGAAGGUCUCCCAUCACUCAUUUGCCUGAAGCAAAUCCUGGCCUACUUAAUGUCUGUUUAUACGCUAACACAGCCACUCAACUGCCACCAUGACUGCCACCUGCUGUAAGAUGUCCCCUCUCAAUACCUCCUUCACCACUGUUCUUUUUUUAAGGGUGGAGUUAGCUAUCUUUCUGUAAGGACUCUGUGAGUUUUGGUGAGUUUGUGGCUUUUUCACAAAGGUCUAAACUCUGCAUCCUUUUAAAGAAAGUACCUUGCCUAAUUAAUUGUGUGCAUGCAUGUGUGGCUGUGCAAGAUAUCCUGCUGUGAAAUGUGUGGUGAAGAGUGACAAGUGGGUUGAAGCCUUCUAUUGAAAACUCAGGUAUCUUGCUUUAAGUGAAUUGGGUCCUCUGGGAGAUGGAAAGAACUUUAUAGGGUGGUUGUACAGACAUGUAAAUAAGCUGAUUUCUACAGAUUCAUGAAAAAGUGAUGGAGCGUUUGUAAUGGAACCACUGUGUACAAAUGGCCAAAUGCAAACUGUAGAUAAUGGUUGUAGGGUAAAUAUUUUGAGAGACUGAAAUGGCCAUACAUGAGAUUGCCUUGCCUUUUUACUUGUUCUUUUUGUAUAGGCCUCUUUGAUUUCUCCAGUUGUGAAAUAUUUUAAGUAUUCAUCCGGUGAAUGAAAAUGGCUGCCCUCUAUCAUGUUUUACUAUUGAUUUAUCAUGUAUUUCUUAAUUCUCUUUUAACUUUUUGGUUUCACACUCUAUGCUGUGGCUGUCAUAACGUUAGAGAACAUAAAAAAGGCUGGAUUACUAAAGCCCCCACCUGUUUUAAACACUGGAUGCUUUGUUGCCAGCCCCAAUUCCACAAAAUCUCGAGUUUCGCUGGUUUUAGGACUUUGUCUCUUUUCCCCCUGUGUUUUUGAUUGGUUAGAUAAACUGAGGUUAAGUCCAUUCAUUCCAUUAACAAGGCAGUGCCAUCAUCUAGUUUAUAUAUCAGCAGACUCUUUUAGUCUUCCUAGGAGCUGCAGUGGUACCAUCUAUCUCCUCAGUGUGCCUGCAGCUUUAAUUGCACUUCAAGUAUAAAUGCCUUUGACUAUAAACAAAGUAGCCAUAAAACAGUAGCACGAGACAUACGGUAUUUUGCAGGUAUACGACCUGGGACAAAAAAAAAUGUCCACCUGAAGUCUCACAGCUUGGACUCUGGAGUUGGUCAUGCAGUGUAAUAUUUCCCUGACUGUAUAUUCUAUUGAAACUUGUGAGAGGUUUUUCAGUUGUAAAGUAAAUGCAUAUAGACAUAGACUUCUCACAUAGUAGACGACACUGCUCUCUGAUGUAUAUAUUGACAUUCAGCCAGAGGUGUUCAGAGACCAGCGGCACUGCUACUGCUUUUGACUGUAGUUUUAAAGGAAUGUGCAGGAUAGUAUAACAGUAUAAAGCCUACUGGUUGGCCUGUGCAGUAUGUGUUGUAGCACACUGCAACGGGACUGGAGGAAUGUUGAGUCCUGGACAGAGUUGAAUCAGCCUUAGAACAUUUGUGAUGAAUGGAAGGAAUAGUAUCAGCUUUAAAAUUUUAUAUCAAAUGUUUUUGUUGUGAUUAACCCCCCACCCCCCCCCCCCCCAACAUUUCGUUAUGCAGCAAUACUUUAAGACAAAGAUAAGAGAUCAAAAAUGCACCUUUCAUUCCUUGCCAGAAUAAUGCGUGCUUGAACAACUGAACUUGCUUUGCUUCUCAGACAAGAGGAGUUCUGACUAAAUCUUCUGGAGUCAGAUCAUGUAUUAUUGUAGCCAGUGGACAAUACAAGGUACACAAUAAACAGGGCAAGUUAAAGAGAUCGGCAUUUUUCAGUGUAGUUCAACAUUUUGGGAAAUAUGAUGUCUGACAUCCUGUUAGCUUAGUGACAUUUACUUAGUGCAACGACUACGCUAAGAGGAAGCAGCUGGCCUGGCUUUGCCUGCUAUGUCAUUCUGUCUGUACAAAGUAGUGUAGGUGGUUUGUUUUCUCUUUCCUCAUUUCUAGUCCUUGUUGUUGAGCUAAUCGAACCGGUUGCUAACAUUAGUUUCAUAGUUCCUUUAGACUUGAGAGUGGUAUUGACUUUUUCUAAAGAUUAGCUGCAUUAGCUAAUUCCCCACAAUAAGCAUAUUUCCCAAAAUGUCAAAGUAUUCUUUUUACUCAUUUUAAUUUUAUGAUUUAAACAGAACAUUUCCUCCCCAUUUCUCUCCAAAUAUUUUGUUUUCUUUUCUGCUUGGUACACUUUAAGGAGUAAAAGUCAAAUUUAGGUUGGAACCGGUUAGCUAAGUCAAAAAACAAUUUCAGUUUUCACUGUUUCCCUAUGUGUUUUCCGCUCUUUUGUGAAAUUACUCAGUUCUCCAUUCAUACUUCUCAUGUGAAAUGUGUCAUGCAAGCCCUCCAUCCCAAACUGAAACAGAUUGAAUUCAACUUGCACCUUUUUACAUGGUCUGGUAUGACUGUUUAUCUUUUUAUGUGUUGCACUUUUUUUGGGGGGGGGGAUUUAUUUUGGUUUUUAAAAUACGGUACUGAAAAAGGGUACAAUAUGAUGUUGCAAUCACACCAGUUUAUAUUUUCUCCACCCCCACCCCCCCCCCCCUCCCAUUUUGUGUCUCUGUGUGUGUGUGUGUGUGUGUGUGUAUAUGUAUGUGUGUAUGUAUGGCAAUAAAGCAGUGUUGUCACCAGGAGUCGUUUCUUAGCACAAGUAGGCAUAUAUUCUAUUGAACUAUUUUUAUAACCCAAAAGAACAGUAUUAUGUAAUAGAGGGUGUAAAGUUUGGCUCUGUGGUGUGUUAAAGUUUCAAAGUAAACACUGGAUAGCAAUCACUCAAAAUGUACAGUUCAUUUUGGGUGACUUUGCUGACAGUUGAUAGUCCAGUAUACAUAUUUGCUAAUUCAGGACAAUGCUGUUGGAUUUAUUGAAAGUUGUCAACUGAUUACAGAAAAAAUAAAAAUCCAAUUCAAAUUUG